UUUUUGCUGUCAGCUUUUCCAGAUAACAUCAGCCAGUCAACCAGCCGAAGGCCAUUUUAAAUUGCAUUUUCUCGUUAAGACCAUGUGGCUACUGCCUAAGGAUGAAGUGCCAAAUCUCGAAGUGCUUAUUCAAAGGAACUGCCAAUUCUGUGUUUUGCAUCUCAAAAAAUUGAGCAAACCAUGGCAACCCCUUCACAAGAAACACAAAUAGCAGAAUCCCAUGAGCCCUCACAGCCUCAUCAACCCCCAUCAAAGGAGGAAGCCGAGAAAUGGGGCACCCAUGUCAUGGGAUCACCGGCAGCCCCUACUGUCCACCCUGACAACCAAAAAGCAGCCUCAUGGAACGCCGCUGACCACCAGCAAAUCUAUCAGCAGCCUUAUCUUGUGUAUUCCCCUGUAGAGAAGCCAAGCAACAAUCCUUUUGAGCCGGUGAUCCGAGCCUUCAAUACCUGGAGCAGGAAGGCGGAGAACAUAGCCCGGAAUAUAUGGCACAAUCUUACAACGGGGCCUUCAGUGUCUGAAACUGCUUGGGGUAAGGUGAACUUGACAGCGAAAGCAAUCACAGAAGGUGGCUUUGAGUCUCUCUUCAAGCAGGUUUUUGAAACUCACCUGAACGAGAAGCUGAAGAAGACUUUCGCUUGUUACCUUUCCACAUCCACUGGCCCUGUUGCUGGAACCCUCUAUCUAUCGACUGCUCGGGUAGCCUUCUGCAGUGACCGUCCCCUUUCCUUUAUGGCUCCAUCAGGGCAGGAGACUUGGUGCUACUACAAGGUGAUGAUACCACUGAACAAAAUAGGCCAAGUAAACCCGGUUGUCGUGAAAGAAAACCCACCAGAAAAGUACAUUCAGAUGGUUACUAUUGAUGGUCAUGAUUUCUGGUUCAUGGGCUUCGUUAAUUUCGAGAAAGCAUCUCAUCAUCUCUUAGAUGCUGUGUCAAACUUCAGGGCAUCUGGAAGUACAGUUUAACUAGUACUAUGGUAUCCCCCAUGUCCCUUUGGCUUCUGAGUUGUUUGACUGUUACGCUUUCUAUGGGGUAUAUAUAUAUCAAUUUCACAUUCUUCAUGGUUGUGUCUGCAACAAGAACAUUGGUAAAGUUGUUCCAACUAUCUUUCAUGCCUUUGUAUAUCCUUGAACCAUGUCAAACCAAAGCACACGAACACCACACUUCUGAAAAUUCAAAAAUUAUCCUCAUUUUGUGUUAA